AUGUCGACUAGAACGCGUGAUAUUGUUGCCUGGGCAUUGAUUGCCUUAGCUGCUGAGCCUUACGUUGUUUCGGUACUAGGGACUUACACUCCGAUUUUGCUUGAACAACUAGCAAGAGAGAAUGGAGUGCUGGCUAGUGAUCAUUUGACUCCAUGCAUAAACAAACCAACAGAUGAUAAUCCAAUUCCUCACCCCCCACCACCGAAUAACAUGUCAGAUGGGACUGGCACCUGUGUUUUACCAAUUUUUGGAAAAAGCUUUUAUAUUGACACAUCAAGUUAUGCUUUAUAUACGUUUUCAUUCUCAGUUUUGCUACAGACUAUAUGCGUUCUAACUGUUAGUGGAAUAGCAGAUAACAGUAAUUAUAAGAAAAAGCUAAUUAUCAUUUUUGGAAUCUUUGGUGGAUUGAGUACAGCUGCAUAUUCGUUGAUAGGCUCACACAACUAUUAUGCUGCAUCGUUUUUGGCGAUACUCGCCAACUGCGCAUUCGGUUGUGUGAAUGUUUUGAUGAAUUCUUACUUAACAAUACUUAUCAAGAAAUAUCCUUUCCAGAGCUUGCCUGCUGAUGAAGAGAUUCUGCAGGGACUUCUCACAGAAAAUUCCACUACGGAAAGUAUAACCAAUGACGAAACAAUGCUAGUGGGUGAUUCUGAGUUGGGCAAGGUUGGAUCUAAGAUUAGCGGUAUCGGAACUUCAACAGGAUAUACAUCUGCUCUCUUAAUCCAGAUAUCUGCACUAUUAUCUUUAACACAGCUAAAAAAUAUUAAUAACGAUAUGAUUUGGUGUAUCAAAAUUGUUAUUGCUUCAAUUGGGGUUUGGUGGUUUAUCUGGCAAAUACCCAUAGCACUAUUCCUACGCAAUAUUACGACUGGUGAUGCUAAUUGGCAUAAAGACAUGAAGUUGACCUCCAUGAUAAAAAAAGGAUACCAUGACCUUGGGCACGCAGUUUAUCGAAUCAGAGAUUUGAAGGACAUUUACUUCUUUUUACUUGGGUGGUUUGUCUUAUCAGACUCUAUAACCACCAUUAAUUCGACUGCAAUACUUUUUGCGAAAACGAAUUUGCAUAUGCCGAUGGUUUCUUUGGGCAAAAUCGGAGUGUUGGUCAUGGUCAGCGCCAUAAUCGGAUCUAUUCUUAUCCCCCAUGUUAUCAUAGGCUAUUACCAGUGGAAUUUACAACAUGUGUUGAUUGGUUUGAUUGUUUGGUGCUUAUGCGUACCAAUAUAUGGGAUAAUAGCACUAAAUUCUGCAUACGAGAUGUACUUACUGGCUGUUUGGUAUGGCAUCGGCUUAGGAGGGUUGAGUACUGUUAGCAGAAGCAUAUACUCUAUCAUCAUACCCAGAGGAAAAGAGAGUGUGUUUUUCUCGAUAUUCAGUCUAACUGAUAAAACGAGCUCGAUUAUUGGUCCUUUUGUGAUUGGACUAAUAAUUAAUAUAUUCCACGAGUUGAGGGGUGCAUUUUGGGUACUUGCUUUGUUGUUAGUGAUCAGUCUGCCCAUUCUUUCCAAGCAAUUCAACCUCAAAAGAGCUCGCGAUGAAGCUGAUUCAUUUACCUGA